AUGGGGCCUCGGGGGGACAGGGCGGUGCUGGGCAGCCCGGCCGUGGCCGUGGCCGUGGCCGUGGCCUUCCCGGGAGCUGUGUGCCGGGGCAGCGGCUACCGCUUCGCGUGCGAGCUCCUGAAGCACGUCCUGCACCAGCGGAACCAGCUCCCGCUGCCCUACGAGCAGCUGGCCUACUUCUGCCGGCGGGCGGCCCAGGGUGGAGAUGGAAUUGACAAACCACGUUCCCUGGGCCUGGCAAGCAGAAAGUGCCAGCAGUUGCUGACGGAGCUGGAGGGAUUGUUCCAGCACCUGGAAGUCAUGUUUAGUCUGACACUGGUUCCUCGGGUUCUUUUCCUACUUGGAGGCAACGUCAUGAACCCCAAGGAGCUCUAUGAGCUGAAUUUAGAGGGGUUCUGUGAGGGCUCUGCUGAAGAGAGCCUCCAGACCGCGCCCUGUGUUCGCCAGCUCUUUCACCGCCUGUUUGUUGCUGAUGUCUUCAGCGAACUUAAGGCUCUCCCUGUGACAGGCACUCUUGUCCUGGUCCAGGGCCACCGUGACUGUGGUGUUGAGUGGUUCCGGCCCAGGCUCAACUACCAAGUGCCGAGCCGAGGGAGGAAGCUGACUGUUAAGCUGUCCUGUGAUGGAGACCUCCACGUCAGUGCCUCACCUCCACAGCACACAGCACCUUCUUGGGAGGACUAUGUCUGGUUCCAAGCCCCAGUGACCCUCAAAGGCUUUAGUGAAUGAAUGGUUUUCCAUAGAAAUUUAACUGGAAUAUUGAUUACCUUUUUAUUCCUUAGGUGUUAAUUUUAGCAAAUGUAACCGUGUAUUUUUGAACCAUGUGUGCCUGAAUUUUUUUUUCAUGGUGUCUACUCUGCCUUCCUGUAUCUUGCUGCGCUCCUCUGUUGUCCUUAUUUCCCGAGUUGUUGUUGAAGGCAAAUCCACUUUAAGGCACAGUUGCACACAAGUCCAGUGAUUCCUUAGGGACCUGAUCUGUGACUCGGGAUGAAUUAACGUGUUGGGAGUAAAACUUCCCUGCUGAGUGCUUGCUGAACUGGAUACAUACAAUCUCCUCCUGCGUUUUAAUAUGGCCGUUUUCUGACCCUGCCUUUGCCAUGUUACCCAUAGGCUGUCUUAGGUGAAGUUACUUCCUGCAAAAUAACUCUGGGAGGAAAUCCUGCAGGCCUUAAAAGGCUCCCCACAGCAGGAAAACCCGCGGGCGAAACCGGACCGACGCCCAGAGGUAACAUUGUUGCAGCAGAGGGAUUUAUUCCCAGCUAGUAAAGAAUGGGGCAGGAUGAAGGCAGUUCCUGCCAAGGGCCAGGGCUGCCGUGGAGAUGGGCGGAGCCGCUUCCAGGGUCCCUGGCAACCCUGCAAGCAGCAGCCGCAGCUCCCGACGCUGCCUCAGCUGCCGUGGUGUGCGCCCCUCUUGAGUAUUCAAGUGCUUGUCUGUCUAUUUGGUAAAAUUACACUUUCCCAUAACUCACUUUCUGUUCCUUAACACUCCAAAGUAAGA